GCAGCUGAAAAUGGAGCAGCAGGUGUUGAGCUGGAUGUUGAAUUUACUGCAGAUGGUAUUCCCAUUCUAAUGCAUGAUGACACAGUAGAAAGAACAACUGAUGGGUCUGGAAGAUUGCGCGACUUGACUUUUGAUGAAAUUAGGAAGCUUAAUCCAUCUGCAAAACACAGGCUAUGGAGCAAAUUCCAAAGUGAAAAGGUACCAACUCUGAAAGAAGCUGUUGUGGAGGCUCUGCAGCGCAAUCUUAUCAUCUACUUCGAUGUCAAAGGCCAUGCAAAUCAGGCAGUUGGUGCUCUAAAACAACUCUACCUGGAAUUUCCACGAUUGUAUAACAGCAGCGUUGUCUGUUCUUUCAUGCCAGAUGUUGUUUAUAAGAUGAGACAAGCUGACAGAAAUGUUGUAACAGCACUAACACACAGGCCUUGGCAUCUGAGUCAUUCUGGAGAUGGGACACCCUAUUUCAGUUCCUUCUGGAAACAUUAUUUGUACAUGAUGAUGGAUGUCAUUCUGGACUGGAGCUUACACAGUUUCUUGUGGCGAUUGUGUGGGGUAUCAGCUUUUCUCAUGCAGAAAAAUUUUAUUUCUCAAGAGUACGUGAGGCACUGGUCUUCCAAAGGAAUUCAUGUGGUUGCCUGGACAGUGAACACAUUUACAGAAAAAAGCUACUAUGAGAACAUCCUGGAAUGCAACUACAUCACCGACAGCUUGGUGGAAGACUGUGACCCUCAUUACUAG